GGAUCAUAAGAUUGAAUCCGUUUGUUACCCUUUCAUCGAUACUAUUGAUACCCGUCGGCAGGAAAAGGCAACCGUCGGGGUCUUCGAAAUGUCCAAUCCGAGCGGUCCAAAGGCAUAUACAAUUGGGUGGAUUUGUGCCCUGUCGACAGAGUUCACCGCAGCGGGGGAACAGUUCGACCAAGAAUAUAAACGGGAUGAGUCGCCUAAGCGCAUAGACAGAAAUGAUCACAAUGCGUACAGAUUCGGCAAAAUCGAGGGUCACUUGGUCGUUAUAGCCGUCUUGCCCAACGGUCAGUACGGGACUUCAUCUGCAGCCGUUGUCGCCAAAGAUAUGAUGCGCAGCUUUCCAAACAUACGAUUUGGUCUUAUGGUCGGGAUCGGCGGAGGUGUCCCUACUGAAAAGCGUGACAUUCGCUUGGGGGAUGUUGUAGUCAGCUCACCUGAGGCCGGUCAAAGUGGUGUCUUCCAAUACGACUUCGGCAGAGCUACAAAAGAAGGGUAUCAAUACAGGGGAUCGCUCAACAAACCACCUCAGGUAUUACUUGCAGCAGUAGCUAAGCUCAAGUCCCAAUUCGAGGCAGAGAGCAAUCAGAUCGCUGCGAGGGUCGACACCAUCGUGGAAAAUAAACCGAGAUUGAAGGCCAAGUAUGGACGUCCAGACGAUCCAGAUCUUCUUUUUGCCCCUUCUAUCGGGCAUAGAAAUGACCCGUGUCAUGAGUUUUGUGUGACAGCCCCAACUAAUCUCAUUGAUCGCACACCACGGUCAGAACUUCUAGAAGAGGAUGUCUCAGUCCACUAUGGUAUCAUUGCUUCAGGCAAUACUCUCAUGCAAGACGUCACCAAGCGAGAUGAGCUUGCCAAGGCAAAUAUCUUGUGUGUUGAAAUGGAAGCCGCUGGGCUUAUGGAUGGGUUUCCAUGUCUUGUUAUUCGCGGAAUAUGCGACUAUUGUGACUCUCAUAAGAAUGAUAAAUGGCAGGGCUAUGCAGUUAUGACUGCUGCUGUAUACGCUAAGCAGGUUCUCGGUGAAAUACGCCCAGAGGACAUUAGAAUGGAGGAGACUGUCAUCUCAAAGAUGAAUGAAGGUGAGUAG